UUUUUGAUGAUGAUGAUAAGAAUUAGUUGUUUAAAUUGUACCUACUAACAAAACAUGUGCGUUUCAAUUUUUUUUUUAUUUUGAAUACCAAACGCGUUCCAGAUUUAGACCUAGAAUAUAGAAGGUUUUAAGCAGUGUGAAUGUGAUUGCAUAACGCGAUUGUGCGCUCAUCUCCCGUUGGCUGCUCGUGCGCUUCUCAAAGUGGAGGGAAAGAGAGUGUGGGAGGGGGCUCGAGCUCGCACUUACAUACACAACUACAAUGUAACAGCCACGUAAUAUUCAUUUACGGAGAUUUACGGGAAAUUCGGGAAUUAAAACAUAUUAUAAUCGACGGGAAUUUAAAAAACAAAACAAAACAGGAUGGCAUUCCCUGUAGAUAUUCUGACAAAUGUGGAUCAAGAGUCCUUAGAGCUAGCAGCCGAGGAAUACAUGUCUCAGCUCCCCUACAGAAAUCAUAAAACAGCUGAGUACAUCAGCCUACCUGAUUCCAAACAGAUUGCGAUUGGACCCUGCAAUGUGAGUUUUGUCCCUCUAUAUGGAAUAGAUACUAAAAAGAAGCUCCUUGCAUUGUUCUCACCUGAUGACUUUACCACAGUUGUUGGGCUUUAUUUGUUGGGUCAGUGGUGGGGAGUUGAAGAUGUUCUUAAAACAGCAGAGCCCUCAAGAACAGGCCUGAUCAAGGUCAGCACUCUUGGGGAGAGGAUAGUCCUAUAUGUUCUCAACAGAAUUGUGUUGAGAAAUGAGAAGAGCAGUGAAGAUGUUUCCUUUCUCUGCCAUUGUGAGCAUGAAAGUGCAAAAAUACUAUGGAAGGAUGGAGAGGCCAUUGGCUUUUACUCAUACAAACCCAAAGGUAGCUUGUGCAGAAACUUCUUGACCCAGUGCUAUCAACUUCCUGUCAUGGACACAGUAUUUGUCAGGAAGUGUCACCGGGGCAAGGGUCAUGGCGUGAAGAUACUGGAAGACUUUGUUGGUAGCUUCAGAAAGGAGUUAAUAGGGUUAAAGUUUCCUCUUUCAGAAGCUAUGUAUAAAGUUUGUGAAAAGUACUUCAGUAUAUAUCCAGCUGACAAAGAGAUUCUGUGGGAAGUAGAGAAAAUAGGAAGCCCUUUCCAGAGAACUCUAAUAGCAAAAAGGCUACAGAAGUUGAAGCUAAAAGCAGAGAAGGACCAGGUUGUGAGCAAACUGAAUUUUGAGAAAGAGGAUGUCACUGCUCCAAUGGAAAUUGAGAUCACAAAGGUUCAGGAAACCACUGAAUAUACAGUGGAGAUUGUGGAGGAGACCAUUACAGACAUCACCAAAGAUGACAUACCUGUCACAAGGCGUGGCAGAGGUAGCGACCUGAAACGCAGAGGUAUCAGAGAAAAUUCAGAGGAGAGUCUUUCAAAGAACACAAUCAGGGUGGAAGACAUUGAGGCAGGAGUUGAAAGUCCAAUUGAGGUGGCAACCGAGGAACAUCUUGAUGACACUUUUUCUGUAAAAGAAUCAGAAACUCUCAGGAGUACAACAGACACAGAAAUUGCAACUGUGACAAAUAUUUCAGAGGUUAGAAGUUCACAGAAAGAGGAGGAAUGGGAAAUUGAAAAAGACAAAGUCACAGCUACAUCAGAGGGGACUCCAGUCACCCACUUCACCACAGCUGGGGAAAUAAAGAGCCAAGAAGGCAGUAAAAAGGAAUGUGAAAUGGUUAAUAAGGAGCAAACUGUAGUAAUACAAAGAGCCACUAUAGGGUCUAUUGACCAAAGCCAACUUCAGUCUGUGGUGGAUAUAGAAAUUGUCAAGAUGAGUACAGGAACUGAAGAGGAACAAAUUGAGAAUUUAGAAAAGAACAAAAAGGUUGAGAAACAUAAACCUGUGUGUGAGGCAGAGAAGGAGGAAAUAAAGCAAAUGCUGGAUGAACCUGAAGAGGAAAAGGCUGUGAGUGGGAUUGUUGAAACAUAUAACAAUACUGAAGCUUUAGAAGAGGUGACAGAUCAAUCAGGGACUCUUGCUAACAAAGUAAAAGAGUCUAAGGUUGAGGAAUACAAAGAAAAAGACAAGCUUACAGUGGAAACGGAUUCUACUAUGGAUGCUGAAAUCACACAGGUUGGGGAAACUGUAGAUGUAGUUCCUGAAAUUUCAGAAAUAGACCAAGAAGAAGCACCACAACAGUCAUCUGUAGAGUCUGCUGAGGUACACAAAUUGAAAACAACACCUGAAGAGGAUGAGGAGACAGUGGAAAAUAGCUCUAUGAUGUUGACACUGAGUGAAGCCAAACUUUCUCCUAAAGAGGCAAGUGAUAAUCACGGAGAGAUAGAUAUUGCUGAACAAGAUGAAAUGAAGCACACAGUGUCAACUGAGAAACAAGCAGCUGAAGAAAUUAUGAGAAUGGAGGAACAAGAUGGUACAUUGGACACAAGAGAAGGAUAUAAUGCAGCAGCUGAUGCCAAAAUAACUCCAGAACAAUCAACUGGAUACAAAGAACAAGAGGGUGAACCAGAACCUGAAACCACAGAGGUUGUUCUUCUAAGCCAAGUUGAGAAACCAGAGGAGAAAACAGACACUGAACAAGCUAAAGAGGAUGCACAAACUUCAUAUGAGGCAGAUAAGUUGAUUCCCAAACAAGGCAAACAAGCUCAAAAGAAAGGAUCUACUGACACCCCAAGUAGAUCAACAAGUCUUAGAGAUCAACCUGUUGACCCUGGGGCGACAGUUAGAUGUCUCAGAAGCACUUUGAAACCAAUCAAGAUCACCCCUGUUAGGAGAUCUACACGUAGCAAAGUAGUGAUUCAGCAGGUGGAAAGUGUUGAGCCACAAGUUGAGGCAAAAUUCAGGACUGAUGAAAACCCAGAAAGGGAUGAAGUUAUUGCAGAAAAAGUAGGUCUAGAGGAGAGUGAAAAGGCAAACACAAAUGUUGAUGAAACAACAGUCAUUGAAACUGGAAGUUCUGAACUGCUGAAAGCUACAGAAAUAGAUGACAAAGAGAAAACACCACAGAUUACAGAAGGUACUGAGGAGGACAUCCCACUUGUAGAAGCAGAAACUGAUGAGGAUGUAACAGAAAAAGUCAAAGAAACCAAAAAGAUGGAGAACAAGGAAGCAAAUUUAGCUGAACAAACAGACAGUGGUAUAGAGAUGAGCAGUCUUGCUCAGGAGAAAAAUGUCCAGGAAGAGGAGGUACCAGUCAGGACAGAAAGAAGUCUUAGACGUAGAACAAUAAGAGUUCAGUCUCCACUGAGAAGGAAAUCUAGACGUGUACAAAAACAAGAAGCUGAAGCAGAUGUUAAACAUCAGGAAAGACAUGCAGUGGUGACCAAGAGUAAAACUGAAUCAGUCUCAACAACAGAAGAGAGAGUUGAAGAAAUGGAUCAAGAGGUCAACAAGAUGGAGAACAAGGAAGCAAAUUUAGCUGAGUUGGAGCCAGUGGAAGAGGAUACUGAGAAGAUUAUCCCACUUGUAGAAGGAGAACCUGAUGAGGAUGCAACAGAAAAAGGAUUUGAAGAAAUCAACAAAAUUGAGAAAAAGGAAAUAAAUUUAGCUGAGUUAGAAGAACCAGACAUGAUUAGAAAUGAAGAUGAAAAAACUUUAGCAUCAACAGAAGAGACUGUGAAUGUCUGUGUACCAAUUAUUACAACAGAGACCAGUUUUGAAAGUCUUGAUAUAAAAACUGUAGAAACUGCAGCUGUUGAUACUGAGAAAUCCGAGCUAAUGAUGGAUGUAGAAAUAGAUGAUCAAGAAAAAGAAGCAGAACCUGAUGAGGAGACAGGGAUAGAGGAUGGUACUCCAGUAAUAACAUUACAAAAAGCCACAGUAGUACUUGUAGAUUUGAACAAACUUUCUCAAAAUACAGAGGAGGUUGAGACUCUAGAAAUCUUAAAACAUUCCCAAAUGGAGGAACAUCUGGAACUUGAUAAACCAGAUAAAAGUGAACAAGAACUGUGCAACCUGGCAUCAGAAGAGGAAGAACAAAAAGAAGAAAUACAAACACAGGAAGCCACUGAAAUGAUCCCCGAGGAAGAAAAAAUAGAGGAAGAAAAGAUCACAGUUGAAGAGCAGAACAAACUCAAUGAACAAGACAUGACAUUUGAGGAGCAAAAGCCAAUAGAAGAUUUAGCCACAAUGCCAGCUCAGAGCAACUUGGUGGAAAGCAAUAAAAAUGAAAACAAUCAGAAUGAGGAUGAAUUUGUAGAAGCAGAACCUGAAGAGGAUGUGGUAGAAAAAGAAGCUGGGAACAAGGAAACAAAUUUAGCUGUGACAAAGGACACAGUUGAGGAGGCACCUGAGAUGGGAGAAGAAGCCAAUUUAGAGCAACAGAAAAAUGAACCAUUUAUUAAAAAUGAAAAAGAAACAGCUGAGACAGAAAACCCCAUGGAAAUUGACCCAGUGGUUAACAAGAAGCAAAUGUACAUUAUAGAGGGGACCACCAUUCAAAUAGAGGAGAAGACCUCACAGGUGGAAAGCACUGAAACCAUUCAAAGUGACAAUGAAAGGAUCACAAGGAGAAGUCUCAGGCUCAGUGCAAAAUCAGUCACAGAAUCUACACAGAAGACCAGAAAAUCUACACGUCUCCACAAAGCAGAUUUGGAACAAGUAAAAGCAGCAGAUAUGAGUGGAAAUAAAUGUGAAGAAACCUCAGCAAAGACAGAAGAGACUGUGAACGUGUGUAUACCAGUAAUUACAUUAGAGCCCAAUUUGGAAAGUAUUGGUGAAAUAGCAAAGACAAAUCUUGAAGAAACUACAGCUGUUGAACCUGAGACUUCUGAACGGAUGAGUGUAGAAACAGAUGAUAAAAAGGAGGCACCUCAGAUUCUAGAGGAGGUCACAUUUGUAGAAGCAGAACCUCAUGAGGAGGUAGAGAAAGAUUAUGGUAUUCCAAUAAUACAGCUGCAAAAAGCCACAGUAAUACUUGUAGAUUUAAACAACCUUUCCCAAAAUAGAGAAGGAGAGUGUGACACUCCAGAAGUCCUAACGCAUUCCCAGACAGAGGAACAACUGGAACUGGAUGAACCAGAUAAAAGUGAAUAUCAACAAUGUAUACAGACAUCAGAACAUGAGGAACAGCAAGAAGAACUACAAAAAGAGGAAGAUACUGAAAAGACCCCUGAGGAAGAAGAGAACAAAAUGGAGGAAGAAAACACAGUUGAAGAACAGAAUAAACAUGAUAAACAAGACAUGACAUUUGAGAAGCAGAAACCAAUAGAAGAUUUGGAAGGACAAAAUGAUGUAAAGGAGAUUGUAGAGGAAUAUAAGGCAGUCGUAGAUGAGGAUAUGGAAGAAGCUGUAACAUCUAAAGAGCAUCCAGAAGCAACAACAAUGGCAGAAAAUGAUCAAGAUAUUGCUUUAAAAGAGAAACAAAUGGACAGUGAUGUAGAAAUUAGUGGUCUUACUCAGGAGGCACCAGAAGCUAUCCAGGAAAUCUUAGAAGAGGAGGUUCCAGUCAGCACAGAGAGAAGUCUCAGACAUAGAACAAUAAAAGUUCAGUCACCACCAAGAAGGAAAUCUAGACGUGUACAAAAACAAGAAGCUGAAGCAGAUGUUGAACAUCAAGAAAGACACACAGUGGUGAACCAGAGUAAAACUGAAUCAAUUUCAAUGACAGAAAAGACAGUUGAAGAAAUGGAUCAAGAGGUCAACAAGAUGGAGAACAAGGAAGCAAAUUUAGCUGUGUUGGAGCCGGUGGAAGAGGAUACUGAGAAGAUUAUCCCACUUGUAGAAGGAGAACCUGAUGAGGAUGUAAUAGAAAAAGGAUUUGAAGAAAUCAACAGGAUGGAGAACAAGGAAACAAGCUCAGAGAAUGAUGCGGCUCCUGAGAUGGGAAGAGAAGAUGCCAAUUUAGAGCAACAUGAAAAUGAGCCAUUGGUUAAAAAUGAGAAAGAAACAGCCGAGGCAGAAAAACCCAUGGAGGUGGAUAAAGUUUCAGUGGUUUGCAAGGAGCAAACAUGCAAUAUAGAGGAGACUGCCAUUCAAGUAGAGGAGAAGGUCGUGCAGAUGGAAAGCUCUGAAACCAAUGAAAAUAAAAGCGAAAGAAUCACAAGGAGAAGUGUGAGGAUCAGUGCACAGUCAGUCACAUCUACACAGAAGACAAGAAAAUCUACACGUCUCCACACAGCAGAGUUGGAACCAGUGAAAGAAGCAGAUAUGAGUGGAAAUGAAGAAAGCCCAUCAACGACAGUUGAGACUGUGAAUGUCUGUGUACCAAUUAUUACAGUAGAGGCCAAUGUGGAAAGUCUUGAUAAAGAUGGAGAUGGAGAUAUGGUUUCCAUGAGUAGAAAGGUGGAAACUACUUCAUAUGAGCAAGAGAUAGACAUAUCAAAUGAUAAGGGAAAGGUGGAUGAAGCUUUGCCUGACAAAUCUACAGAUGAUGAAGAAGAUGAGACCAAGAGCUCAAUUAAAACAACUGAAAAUGAAAUUCUGGUGGAAAUUGAUAAAACACAAAAAAUUGUAGAGGGGGGAGUUCAAGAUGAAGAAAAAGUGGAGCCUCCACAGGAAAACACAGGCCAGAAACAUGAGGAGAAUAUUCAGGAGAACGAAAGAACAAGCUCAGUAGAAGAGGAUGUUGCUCAACAAGAAGCAGCACUGUCAAAAGAGGAAAAUGUAGGGGAAACCACUCCGACGAAUGAACUUAAGACAACCGCUGUGGAGGAGAAGGUUGUUUUAGAAAGCUCGGAUCAAGAAGCACCCUUCAUUACAAGAAGAAGUCUCAGAUACCGAACAGUAACAGUCCAGUCUACACCAAGAAGAAAAUCAAAACACCUCCACAGACAAGUGGUGGAGUCAGAAAAAGAAACAAAGGACAACAUAUGUGGAAAUGAAAAUGACUCAGCAAUACAGGAAUCAGCUGAUGAUUUAAAUAUCCCUAUAGAGAAGGAGAAUAAGGCAUUAAAUGCUGAGGAGAGCAUUGCUGAAUUUGAAAAUUUGAAGACAAAAGAAGGAGAAGGCAUUAUUCAGGGAAAUAUAGAAGGAAAGGCAGAUGAAACAGGGACAAAAGAUGAUGCUGUAGAGGAAGGAAAUGAAGUCCUGUUUGAAAUCAAUGAAAGUAACAGUGCCAGCCCUAGAAAACACUAA